AGCAGCAAAAGUGAUAGAAAGGGAAGAAAAAUCUAGGAAAGCAAAAAAGCUACAUUUACAGUCUCUUCAAUUCAAACUUACAUCCUUUCUUUCUGCCGACAGUUUUCCAAUUUGGCUAUGGAUUUUUGCCGGAAUGUGUCAGUUUCCGGUGACCAAGUUCAUGCUAUUAGUCCUCUCGAUGACCUUUUCUCUUCCCAGAAUACGGAAGUUGAUGUAAGUUUGGAAUGGCUAUCAGUAUUUGUCGAAGACUGUUUAUCAAGCUCAGGAAACUGUCUUCUUCCACCACCAAUUACAAAUACAACACAAAAAACCAUUCAAGAACAUAUCAAACCCAAAGAAAAUCAAACCCCAUCUUCUUCCAUGGACAAAUUAUUUGCAAUCCCAGGCAAAGCAAGGAGAAGCAAAAGAAGAAGAGUAUUCAAAAACACACUCAACACCACUAAAAAAAGCCGUUUAUCAAGUUGGUCAAAUAGCCAUAACCAAACCUUUUAUUUUCCAAGUUCAGACCCUCCAAUGCUUCAUCAAGCAUAUUGGUUAGCAGACAGUGAACUGAUUAUGCCCAAAAAAGAAGAAGAAAAAGGCAAGAUGAACAGCUCAAGUUCCAGCAUCACCAGCAAAGAUGAAGAAAUUAGUAGUGAAUGUAAUGAUGGGGAGGUUUCAAUAGUGGGGAAUAAUAAUAGCAGAAGGUGUAGCCAUUGUUUGUCACAGAGGACACCACAGUGGAGAGCAGGGCCAAUGGGACCAAAGACACUGUGUAAUGCAUGUGGAGUGAGGUACAAGUCAGGCAGAUUGUUGCCAGAGUAUAGACCAGCUAAAAGUCCUACUUUUGUCACCUAUCUGCACUCUAAUUCUCACAAGAAAGUUAUGGAAAUGAGAAUGGCUUCUCCUUGAAUUCUUAAGAAUUUGAUAUAGACUUGUUCUUGCAAAUUAGGUAGUUUAGUUUAGUCUUAGUGUAAUAGAAAUCACAUUCCAUAAAAAUUACUCAUCAUCCUUGCUACUUGUUGAGGCUUAGUUAAUUAGUUAGCUUUUUUUUUAUAUAAUGUUAUUAUAAUGGAUUAAAUUUCCUGAUUA